UUAAGUAGAAGAUUCAACUAUUUCGUGAUUGUAGUAUUUAUUAAGCCCAUUACCCUUCUAAUAUUAAAUCGCAAAAAAAAAUGACCAGAGGACUUUUGAUUGAAAAAAGUCAACGGCUGAAUGUUGGUAAAUCUUAGUCUCUCUGAAUCCAAACAUUCAUCACAGUAAUUAAUCAGAAGAAGACGAAGAUGGUACAAGUGAUUCCCGCACAUAUCAAAGAUGUCUGGGACGCCUGGAACAUCAGAGGAAUUGUAAUUCUCAGUCUCUCGAUUCAGACAAUUCUCAUCAUCUUAGCACCAUUGAGGAAAAGAACAUCCAACAGGUUCCUGGCUUUAGUCCUGUGGUUGUCUUAUCUCUUAGCAGAUUGGUCUGCAAACUUUGUGAUUGGACUUAUCGCCAAGAAUCAAGGGAAAGAAUUGAAGCCAGAUGAUCCUCCUCAAGACCAGCAGCUCAUGGCUUUGUGGGCACCGUUCUUGCUCUUACAUCUUGGUGGACCAGACACAAUCACUGCAUACUCUCUUGAGGACAAUGCUCUUUGGCACAGACACUUUCUUGGCCUGGCUUUACAGGCUCUUUCAGGUGCAUAUGUUGUUAUCCAAUCUCUACCUAAUCCUCUUUGGGUGAUCAUACUGCUUUUGUUCAUUGCUGGGACCUUAAAGUAUCUGGAAAGGACGAUCGCCUUGUAUCUCGCGAGCUCAGACAAGUUCAGGGGUUCAAUGCUCGAGGUUCCUGAUUCGGAUCCCGAUGAGACCCACCGCCCGAGAAAAGAAGACUCGAUGCCUACUGAAAACAACAUGCAAGAGUAUGGGAGACAAAUAAGACCAUUAAGGCUAGAAAAGCCUGCUGGAGAUUUGGCACCCCUCGAUAUCCUUCAGUUUGCUUUCUGGUUCUUCAAUAACUUCAGGAGUCUUAUGGUCAAUAACAUCUUUAGCUCUGACCAAAGAGAAGAGAGCAGGGAAUUCUUCAGUAAGUUAACAGACGAAGAAGCUUUGAGGAUUUUAGAGAUGGAGCUCGGUUUUAUCUACGAAGGUUUAUACACAAAAGUUUCGGUUCUUCAUACUUGGGUUGGAGCUUUGACUCGAACUAUAGCUUUGGGAUCUCUUCUGUCAGCAUUCUGCAUGUUUCAUUAUAGACCCAAGAAGAGCCAUGAGUUUCAUAGAGCAGAUAUCGUGAUCACCUACACUUUGUUCUUAGUUGGAAUAGCUCUGGAUCUUGUAUCUCUCCUCAUGAUCCUGCCCUCAGACUGGACAUUUGCUGUUAUCAGUAGGAUAAACGAAGACGAAGUAGACAGCGGCUCAUGGAUAGACCCCGCACUCAAGUGGUUCCUUGGUUUGAAGCAGCUGCACUGGAAGAAGCAAAAAAGCUGUGGAGGACUCAAUCAUGAGGUGCUUAACACGCCGUUUCUAAUCCAAAGAUGGGCAGGAAGCAUCAAGCUGUUCAACUUUAUUGCAUACUCUGUGAAAGCAGAUAUAGAGAGGAUCCAUGAUGUCAAGGGUAGAACACGUCGGCUUGUGUGGAAAGCCAUACUUCACCCUUUCAUUUACGCUAUCAACACCUUCAGGAAAUUGUUCGAAACAAUCGCUAUUUGGCAUCAUGAUCUUCAGCAGUAUAUAAGAUAUGUCAUCAAUAUGUUGUCAAGAAAAAAUCCAGUAACUCGUUGUAUUAUCAUUUUUGUUGAGUUCUGGUUAAUGAUACCUCACUUCUUCACGUUAAUUGGCAACUACAUUACCGACUUCCUCGGCAUUAAUGAUCUGCUGGAUGAGAUCAUUCUGAUAAGAUCUGUACACAGUGAACCCUUGACAAAAGAGCUGUGGGUUUUCAUAUUUACUCAGCUUAAAUCCAAACUUCAGCGUCCAGACAAAGAGAGAAGCAAAACAAAAGCCGGAAGGAAAGGAUGGGCUUCUGACAUCAACGAGUUAGGAAUGGCGGAUACAAAACGACUGGUGCGUUAUAUAGCAGAUGUUGAUUACGACCGAAGCCUUAUGCAGUGGCAUAUAGCAACUGAGCUAUGUUACCAAGAAGAAGCGUCCACUAAAGAGAACUGUGAUGACCGUGAGUUCAGCAAAAUCCUCUCAGACUACAUGAUGUAUCUGUUGAUUAUGCAGCCAAAGCUGAUGUCGGAGGUUGCAGGGAUAGGGAAGAUCAGGUUUAGAGACACGUUGGCCGAAGCUGAAAAAUUCUAUAAGAGGCGGCAUAUUGAGAACUCGAGUGUGAAAAGAGCAAGCCAUGAGAUUCUUUCGGUCAGGAUAGAGAUUCAACCAAGGAAUGUUAAGGGAAACGAAAGCAAAUCUGUGUUGUUCGAGGCUAGGGCACUGGCGAAAGAACUCAACAAGAUGCGUGAAGAAAACAUGUGGAGUGUAGUAAGCAAAGUGUGGAUGGAGUUGCUAUUCCACGCAGCAUGCAAUUGUGAUGCUACAGCGCGUAUGGAACAGCUUAGCAAAGGAGGAGAGCUCCUCGUUUUUGUUUGGCUAGCAUUGGCUCACCUUGGCCUUGGAGGUCAGUUGGGUUCAUCAGCAACGGAGACGUCCGAAACAAACUGAAUGUAAGGGAUAUUGAUUGAGUUGCAUGUAUCAUUUUCAACUGUUGCUUCUGUAUUGAAUACUUUGUGCACAACUUGAGCUAUCUUAUGUCUUUAGUGAAGUAAGUGCCUGGAAUCAAAUAUGAACAAUAAGAAUAAAUUUUCA